UUCUUUAACCUCGACACCCAUUCCUUGUAGUGGUCAUGGCCGCUGUCAUCUGUAUUUUCGGGCGUUCGAAGGAAGGCGUUACCGCGUCGUCGUCGCAUCAGCCAAUUUAGAACGCGGGUGGCUGGACCCGUUAAUUGAGUCAGGCUACGGAAUUGCGGAAGCUAACAUGACACGACGACAUCGUCCCUGACUGCGGCGUCGAUCGGCCGAAUGCCAUUGGAACGCUAUGCCACUCUUCAGAAGGAAGCCAGCAGACAAACCACAAGAUCAUCCAGGUGAGCUCGGGCGUGACGUGUCUGGUCGGCAGGUGUCGAGACAUGGCUCCCAGGCCAGCCUCCAUGCUCCCAACGGUGCUGUUACUGGCGACGCGAGCGUGCUCGAGGAUGCCGCACCCCCACCACCGUCUCCCCUGCAGUCUGCGGAGGAAGAGUACGAGCCAAACCUGUGCGUCCGCACCAAGUCUCGCCUCUCGAAGACCCUCGACGAGGUACUGCAGGAUGCCGGGGCACUCGCCUACUUCAUCCAGUUCGCCGAGGAACAGGGGGCCCGACCUCUGGUCAAAUUCUGGAUGGAGGCCCAGAGCUUCCACGCCUCGUGCCUCCUCCGCCGGUCCUCGGCGUCUCUCCGAUCCUCGGACAAGGACUCUCCACUGCCCAACAGGACACCCGUGAACGGGGAGAAGAUUGGAAGGGAACUGGACGGAGAGCAGCACUCGGCGGGCGACUGCCAGCCCGUGGGUCACUGCGAUGCGGACGAGUGCCUCAAAACGACGGAAUGCGGGAUUCCUCGCCUGCAGGCCGUGGCCAGCCCUUUUGGUAAUGGGCUCAAGGAGGAGGUGGCUUGCUGCCCGGGUAACAAGCAGCAGACGUGUGGAAGCUCCCCGGCAUCUGGAUCCCCGUGCCUAGGUUCCCGAAAGAACUCGUGCACGAGUUCUCAAAGCCAACGUCUUUCAUCGAGUCCGCGUAUCAGUGCAAUGGCAGCACUGGUGCCGUGUGGCAUGGACCCUUUGCAAGCGGCAAACUCCUUCCCCAAGGAUUCUCCACAAGCCGUCACGGGAGGGUCCAUUGUACGUCCACCGUCUGUGCAGUGCACCUGCCCCCAGGAGCAGGACUGUGCACCGAGUGUUGCCACAAAGGGGGGGAGUGUGGGUGUAAUGCCAUGUGGGGCAGUGCAACCGGCGGGUGGCGAGGGUGGUGAAGCUGGUGGUCACAGGAGCAGUGCGGGUGGGACAAACUCGAGGACAUUGUUUACGUGCAAUCUGAAUGGUGCACCGCCAGUGGUACAGACAUCGUCUUCCCAGGAAGGCUACAAAGUUGACGUAACAGGGGAGACCCUGGACGGCCAGGACAUCUCGACGAGGCCAACGGCUCGACGGCGGGACAGUCUGAGUCAAGAUGCCAUGCACAUAUACAACACGUACAUUGCUCAAAAUGCACCACUUCCGAUCGGGGUUCCGGACGACCUGCGGAGCCGCAUUCGAGAUUCCGUGUCUCGAAAUCCUGUUGAGCCAGAAUGCUUCUUCGAGGCACAGCAGUUUGCAGUGGCCCAGAUGGAGAAAGACUUGUACCCAAACUUCCUGCGGAGCCCGUACCUCUGCAAGCACCAGGUGGACGUGCUCACGAGUGGCAAUGUGUCGCUGGCCGACAUCCUGUACAAUGACUCGGCGCUUUUCUACUUCAUGGAGUUCAUGGAGCAGGAGCAGAGCCGACACCUGGUGGACUUUCUGCUCAUGGCGGACAACUUUCGGAACCAUCUGCUGGCCGAGGGGAGCUGCAACUCGACGCAGGCCCAGGACGAUGCCAUGGUCCUCUACGACAAGUACUUCUCGCUGCAGGCGACCAGCCCCCUGGGCUUCAGUGAUGCGGUGCGGCUGGAGGUGGAACAGAACAUCUGCCGCGAGGAGGGUCCCCUACCCUCGUGCUUCGAUAAGCCCGUCAUGGUGCUCCUGCAGUACCUUGAGAAGAACCACCUGAAGGCCUUCCUGUCAAGCCAGCUGUACGUGAAGUACAUCUCCGAGUGCAUUGUCACCAUCCAGACGGCACAGAGUGACACGGACUCCUUGCGGCGAAAGAAACGCUCAGUGCAAUGGCUGAGCCAGAGCUGUCUCCAGGACUCUGUUAUGAGACCAAGCAUCUUUGGACGAGCUUGGCUUGUCUUCCGUAUUUUAUGCAACGACAGCAGCAGCAGCGACCUGUCGUCGCUGGCCUCCCAGCCGUCUGCGGCGCCGACGACCAACACGCUGCUGGCCGUGGAUGGCAGUGGCAAGUGGCUGCCGGGUACCCCGAGCACCCGCCGCAUAUUGCGGCACAUCGAGGGCAGUGACAUGAAGAUAGACUCGGGCCAGUUCAACCCGGACGCCCUCUGGAAGCGCAGCCUAGCUGGGAAGCUCCAGAUGGCACAUGUCAACCACUUGGGCAAGCUCACAACGGAGUUCGAGCCAGAGCCGGACAAAAAGACAGGUUCUAACCUCACCAAAGCAUUCAGAAAGCUAGUCAACUGGGAAGCAGACAAGACUGAAGAAGACAUGGCAUGGCAGGUUGCCGAGAUGAUAGUCAAGGACAUUUGCAGCGUCACGCUGUGUCCCGACGCCACCUCACAGGACGUCGGAUAGGUCACACUUUGUAACAUUAUGCAAGUAGGCUUUGUUGUUUUUCUCCCUCUACCUCGGUGCUUCCACACAGCGUCGACGUUGAGCAAAGAGUGCCAAGACCAGGGCGGACCUCAGCGGUCAGCGGAGCAGCCCUUCGGUGGGAAAAGAGCCCUGGCGUGUGCAGUCCCAGCCCUGAAAGGCCAGAUGGGCCCUGCAAUGAUACGGGAAAGAUUCGCAGGGCUUAAGCAAGGGACAGCCCAGCCACCAACACAAUAAGGGACACACGUGCCUGACGCCGCCAGCCUGCGCUGCCUGUCGGUGUGAUAACAAGCUGGCGCUCGGCCACAAAGAAGGCGGCGGAUCAAGAUUGUUUCCUCCCGCCAGCUUAUCUCGACAGCAGGCUGGCUUGCGUGCUUCAAUAAACUCCCGCCUCUCUCCCUUUUUUUUU